AUGUCUGGCAGCUGUUGUUCUAGGAAAUGCCCUUCCCUGCCAGCCAUCUCUCUCUACUCCACUGAGGUGAGCUGUGGAGGGCCCAUCUGCUUGCCCAGUUCCUGCCAGAGCCAGACGUGGCAACUGGUGACUUGCGAAGACAGCUGUGGCUCAUCUGGCUGCGGGUCCCAAUGCGGUCAGCCUUCUUGCUCGGUGAGCAGUUGCUGUCAGCCUGUGUGCUGCGAGGCCAGCGUGUACCAGCCUUCCUGCUCAGCAAGCAGCUGUGCUCCAUCUGUAUGUCUGGAGGCCACCCUGUGUGAGCCCGCCUGCUCCAUGAGCAGCUGCUGUCAGCCGGUGUGCUGUGAGACCACGGGCUGCCAGCAGUUCCUCUGCAUGCCUGCGUCCUGCCAGCCGGUCCUCUGCAAACCUGCUUGCUGCCAGCCGGUCAUCUGCGAGCCCAGCUGCUGUCCGUCUACCUGUGCGGUGUCCACUUCCUGCCAACCAAUGGUCUGUGAGCCCAUGGUUUGUGAGCCAGUGGUGUGUGAGCCGGUUUGCUGCCAGCCAGUGUGCCCAUCGCCCAGCUGCUGUCCCUCGGUCUGUUCCGCCACCAGUAGCUGCUGCCAGCCUGUCUGUUGUGACCCUAGUCCCUGUGAGACAUCUUGCGUGGAGGCCAGUGUGUGCCAGCCGGCCACCUGUAUGGCUCUGGUCUGUGAGCCUGUUUGUCUCCGUCCUGUCUGCUGUGUUCCAAGCCCUUGUGAGCAGCCAUGUGGCUCCGGAGCUUGCCAAGAGCCCUCUUGUUGCGUCUCCAGUAUCUGCCAGCCUAUGUGCGCUGAGCCUAGCCCCUGCGCUCCCUCUGUCUGUGUGCCCAGCCCGUGUCAACCUUCCUGCUACCUGGUCAAACGCUGCCGUUCUGUCAGCUGUGAGCCCUGCCCAUCUACUUCGUGCCAACCUCCCUGCUGCCGUCCAGGGUCAUCUGCAUCUGCCGUCUGUCCACCGUCUUGCCCUCCUAAGACUUACUACAUACCUAGCUCCUGCAAACAGCCGUGCAGCCCCAUCUCCUACCGCCCGAUUUGCCGUCCAAUCUGCCGCCCCAUCUGCGCUGGCCCCAUCACGUAUAGGCAGCCAUACCUGACGUCCAUCUCUUACCGACCUUCCUGCUAUCGCUCCUGUUACUCCAUCCUGCGCCGUCCCUCCUGCUUCACUUCCUACUCCUACCGCCCUGUCUGCUCCCGCCAGCCUUGUGCGAAUUCCGACUCCUGUAAGCAGGAGGGCAAAAAGUCCACCUCCAGCCAGCCUGAUUGUGCUGAUUCUACCCCUUGCAAGUCAGAGGUCCCGCAGGAGACUCCCUGCCAGCCUUCUGAGGCCAAAUCCACCACGGAGGCCACAGCCCCUCAGCCUCCUGCCAACAAGCCUGCCGAUCGCUGA